CGGGGCGGGCCGCCCUGCGCUGCGCCGCGCCGGGCCUCGGCGGGAGAGGUGACGGCGGGAGAGCUGACGGCCGGGCGGGGAAGUGUAUUUCAAGAAUCUUUCAAAACAGAAACAAAAGGAAGUCAUGGAGAAGAAUGGAAACAACCAGAAACUUCGUGUUUGUGUUGCUACUUGCAACCGUGCUGAUUAUUCGAAAUUAGCUCCCAUUAUGUUUGGUAUUAAGGCAGAACCACAGUUCUUUGAGCUGGAUGUUGUAGUGCUUGGUUCCCACCUGAUUGAUGAUUAUGGUAACACCUAUCGCAUGAUUGAACAAGAUGACUUUGAUAUUCAUACAAGACUGCACACCAUUGUGAGAGGGGAGGAUGAGGCAGCUAUGGUGGAGUCAGUGGGCCUUGCCUUAGUCAAGCUACCAGAUGUCCUGAACCGUCUGAAACCUGACAUAAUGAUAGUUCAUGGGGACAGAUUUGAUGCUUUGGCCCUGGCCACCUCUGCAGCCCUGAUGAAUAUUCGCAUUCUUCACAUCGAAGGUGGGGAAGUCAGUGGGACCAUUGAUGACUCUAUCAGACAUGCUAUAACCAAACUGGCCCAUUACCAUGUGUGCUGCACGAGGAGUGCAGAGCAGCACUUGAUAGCCAUGUGUGAAGACCAUGACCGCAUCCUUUUAGCAGGCUGUCCCUCAUAUGACAAGCUUCUCUCUGCCAGAAAUAAGGACUACAUGAGUGUUAUACGCAUGUGGCUAGGUGAAGAUGUCAAAACCCGAGAUUACAUAGUUGCUCUGCAGCAUCCUGUAACCACAGAUAUUAAACAUUCCAUAAAGAUGUUUGAGCUGACGCUAGAUGCACUCAUCUCCUUCAACAAGAGAACACUUGUUCUAUUCCCUAAUGUGGAUGCAGGAAGCAAAGAGAUGGUUCGGGUGAUGAGGAAGAAGGGUAUAGAACAUCAUCCCAACUUUCGGGCAGUAAAGCACGUCCCGUUUGACCAGUUCAUUCAGCUAGUUGCUCACGCUGGCUGUAUGAUUGGUAACAGCAGCUGUGGUGUCAGAGAGGUGGGAGCAUUCGGGACACCUGUAAUCAAUCUGGGGACACGUCAGACAGGAAGAGAAACAGGUGAAAAUGUUCUUCAUGUUCGUGAUGCGGAUACACAGGAUAAGAUUCUGCAUGCUCUACAGCUGCAGUUUGGUAAACAGUAUCCAUGCUCAAAAAUAUAUGGAGAUGGUAAUGCUGUUCCAAGGAUUUUGAAGUUCCUCAAAUCUAUUGACCUCAAAGAGCCACUGCAGAAGAAAUUCUGUUUUCCUCCUGUCAAAGAUAAUAUCUCUCAAGAUAUUGACCAUAUUCUAGAAACACAGAGUGCUCUGGCUGUGGAUCUAGGUGGAACAAAUCUCCGAGUAGCCAUUGUCAGUAUGAAGGGUGAAAUAGUUAAGAAGUACACCCAGCUCAACCCUAAAACUUAUGAAGACAGACUAGAAUUAAUCCUGAAGAUGUGUGUAGAGGCUGCAUCAGAGGCAGUAAAUGUGAACUGCAGAAUUUUGGGAGUAGGUAUUUCCACAGGUGGACGGGUAAACCCCCGAGAAGGAAUUGUGCUUCACUCUACAAAACUCAUUCAGGAGUGGAGCUCUGUGGAUCUCAGAACUCCAAUAUCUGAUGCUCUGCAUCUGCCAGUCUGGGUGGACAAUGAUGGAAACUGUGCUGCUCUAGCAGAGAGGAAAUUUGGACAUGGAAAAGGAGUAGAAAAUUUUGUAACGCUUAUCACUGGUACAGGAAUCGGAGGUGGAAUUGUUCAUCAACAUGAACUGAUCCAUGGCAGUUCUUUCUGUGCUGCUGAGCUUGGGCAUAUUGUUGUAUCGUUAGAUGGACCCGAGUGCCUGUGUGGUAGCCAAGGAUGUAUAGAAGCAUAUGCUUCUGGAAUAGCAUUACAGAGAGAAGCUAAGAAACUGCAUGAUGAGGAUCUGCUUUUAGUAGAAGGAAUGUCGAUGAAGAAUGAGGAGGUUGUUAGUGCUGCACAUCUCAUUCAAGCAGCUAAACUUGGGAACACAAAAGCCAGCAGCAUUCUCAGAACAGCUGGGACAGCAUUAGGCCUUGGAGUUGUGAACAUUCUGCACACCGUGAACCCCUCUCUUGUGAUCCUUUCUGGAGUUCUAGCUAGCCACUACGUUAAUGCUGUCAAAGAUGUGAUACAUCGACAGGCUCUGUCCUCUGUUAAAACUGUGGAUGUGGUUGUCUCAAAUCUAGCAGAUCCUGCUCUUCUUGGAGCUGCUAGCCUAGUACUGGAUUAUACUACACGUAGGAUAUACUAGGAACCUGGAAAAAACACAGAAAUGGACUAUUCAGAUUCCUAAUGGGUGGAGGGAAUACUUUGCCCAAAAUUUUUCUUUGAUGAGCGCAGCUACUGAAUCAGAGUAGUGUUCUGAAUAGUUAGUGACUAAUAGGGGUAUGAUCUUUUGUAUUUGUAUUUCCUAAAUUUCAUCUGACUUCAUAGUAACUGUGCAAUUCUGUUGUUUUUAAUCACCUCUGUUGGUAAGGCCAUAUGUUGCUUUUAGUGCAUUUGAAUUAUUUAUGAGCAUAUCUUGAUGCAUGGUGCAGAAUAUAUGUAUGGUUUGUCAAACCAUGGCUAUCAUUUGGGGAUCCACAUCUCAUUUCCUGCUUGGGUGAAAUGAGAAAAGUCUACAAUGUGACCAGCUGCUCAAUUUCCAGGCUUCUACCCACAAAGUAAGUAUGAUGUAAUCAUUAAUAGCAGGUGGUAAUUUCAGUGGGUAGAAACAAGAGAAGUUGCCUGUACAAUCAAAAAGGCUGCAUCUUAAAAUUGUGGUUCAUGAAGGACUUGGUGGAGGCAGUUACUUAUUACAUCAUCUUUAGUUGGCAGAACCUCAUUUUAGAAGCUUUGCAUAUGAAGGAAAAUGAGCUUACAGCCUGCAGAGCUGUCCAAGCAAACUGACAAGUGUAGCAUUUAGCAUCUCUGUCUUCUGGCUACGGCCAACAGUAAAUUAUUUUAAUUUUAUUGUUUGGGGUUUUCUCAAGGGACUUAAUCUACUGUUUUGUCUGCCAAAUUAGCAGAGAGGGAACUGCUUAUUCUUUGGUAGCCGGUUAGCUGAAAUUCAGCUCUGUGGCAUGUCUGAGCCUCAAGACUACCUUUCAAGACAUCUGCCCACUGCAGGAAGACUUAGUGCAUCUCCUCAGCAAUUCUGGUUGCUGCGGGUACACUCUUGUCUUGCAUUUACCCUCAGUUCACAGGAUGGAAAGUCAAAUCUGAGCCUCACCUUCAGCUUCCAGACAUCUGGAAGCAACCAGGUGUCAGGUAUGUCAAAUACCAGUGAAGGCUUUCCUAGGUAAACCUAGUCCUUGAUGUAUAACUCGGUUAUAUAUCUGUAUCACCCAAUUGCUUUUUAGCACACUUUCGAGAUACUGUAGCAAUGACAAUAAUUGGAUGCAAGGAGAAACUGAAAAACAGACCCAUCUAGCUGAUCUGCUAUCCCAGAAAGAAGAGACCUGUGGAGGAACAGUCACAAAACCAUCCUCUGUCCUGCAGUUCAUGGUCUAUUUUGACACCUAACUUGGCCACCACUGAUGGUACUCUUAGAAGGCCAGUAAUCUACAGAAUAAAAGGGGCCUUGAACUUACCCAACUAAAAUGAAGCAACCUUCUGCAAUCAGUGCUCUCUGAUAUACAGUAAUCUUGGGCUGAAGACCUCCUGGUAUAGUGAGCCACUCUACUGGCUAAUGCUGGGAUAUAAUCCAUGAGUUGCCUUCACUUCAUCCUGUCUUUAGCAAGGAAUGCUUACUGACAACUCACAUCUUCAUAGGAGACUUUAAAAAUACCACCAGGUCAUUUUGAUGUCUCCUGGGAUAACUGCACAGCCUCUAUACCUUAGUUUUUCUCAAAAUCUGCAAAUGCUGGGUCUUAGCCGUUUCCAAAGUUGUAGCAGGCUUUAUGUCACAUGGGUUCUUAGUUCCUUUUCCUGUGUGCCUUGGUUUACUUGGUGAUUCCCAGUAACUUAAAUACCAGAGCAGUAGCUCUAAGAGCAGGUCAAGCUGGCUUUGCUCUAUGGUGAUAGUAGCUCAGGUCAGGAGUAAUAGUAGUGAGGCUCUAAUACAGAAGCUGUCUGUCAUUUGAUCUUUCCAUCCUCUAGCAUCACAAGGAAUGCCUGACUAAAAGUGGGACCAGGCUUUUGCUUUCCUCCUGAAGCUAGGAUAUUUCUGGUAUCUCAGACUGCAGGUAUGAUUUUCCCUAGCAGGUCAAGGGAGGGUGUGGGGAUAGAGGAAACAUGGAAGACUGAAAAACACUUGAAAAGUUUACUUUGAAUGUCUUUAAUGUCUAGUCCUGUUACAAAAAUGGUUCUUCAAAUGCUUUUGAAAAUGUAUUUUUCUGUCAACUGGACAAGAAGCUGCUGUGUAUGUGCAAGUGGUACAGAAGUCCUUGCAGUUUUCCCUGAGAAGUUUGUGGGUUUAUAAAAUAAAAAAGAAUUUUAAAAUCAUA